AUGUCCGAAUCCCCUCCUCCACCCCCAUCCUGGAGCAUCAGCGCCAUGGCAAACAACACCAUGCAGUUCUUACGUCUGCCUGUCCUGGCUUCAUCUGGCCUGGCUGUCGUCGCUAGUGGUCUAUUAUAUUUCAAGCAGAACGAAUUGAUAUAUCCCCGCAGUGUUCCUGCCGAUGCUCGAACCAACGUCCCUAGCCCCCGACAAUUCGGUAUCAAGGACUUUGAAGACCUUCAGAUUCCUACCCCCGAUGGUGAAUCCCUUCAUGCGCUCUUCCUCCGUCCGCCUAUGGGCCGUCGUCAGCGCAACCUCACCGUUCUCAUGUUCCACGGUAAUGCUGGAAACAUUGGUCACCGGGUUCCCAUUGCGAAAGCUCUCCAAGAUACCCUGCAUUGCAAUGUGUUCAUGCUUGAAUAUAGAGGGUAUGGUUUGUCGACGGGAACCCCUGACGAAGCGGGUCUCAAGAUCGACGCCCAGACCGGAUUAGACUACCUACGACAACGCCCCGAGACAAGAGACACCAAGAUCGUCGUCUAUGGCCAAAGUUUGGGCGGCGCCGUGGCUAUCAAUCUUGUCGCGACCAACCAGGAAGAGGGUGAUAUUAGUGGACUGGUCCUCGAGAAUACCUUUUUAAGUAUCCGCAAGUUGAUUCCUACUGUCUUCCCACCAGCACGCUAUCUUGCCCGUUUAUGCCAUCAAUACUGGUCCAGUGAAGAAACCCUGCCGAAGAUCACCGAUAUUCCAAUCCUCUUCCUCAGCGGACUGAAGGACGAACUUGUUCCACCCACCAACAUGACCCAGCUAUUCUCCGUCUGCAAAUCCGAGCGCAAGAUCUGGCGCACAUUACCAAAUGGUGGGCACAACGAUUCCGUCGCCGAACCAGGUUACUUCGACCACAUCCACUCCUUCAUCACAGAAGAAGUCAUGACCGACGAAAAAUGA